AUGAAUAAAUCAAAUAUUCAUUUGUCAUAAAGUAAAUCAAAUAUUGUUUUGCCGUGCAGAAAGUCAUUUUAAAAAUAACUUUUGCCUUAAGAAGAGGAUUCAAUUUCAAAAAUUGAGUCUUUUGAAUCAGAAUCUCCUUUAAAAGAAACUAAUAAAGAAUAGGGAGAUUUUGCAGAUUCCGACAAAGUUUAAUUAUCUAUUUAACAUGAAAUAUUCUCAAAUGAAAAAUAGUCUAAACAGAACCAUAAUCUAUGCAAAGGUUUCGUUUAUCCAAAUCCAUUCAAAGAGUUAAGAAUUCCAUUUGAUAAAAUUUAGUUUAUUUUAUCGCCCAUUUAAAGAGAGGGAAUUUUGUAAUGUUAAAUUCGUAAAGUUGUGACGUAAUCUCCAAAGGAGAAUGCGAAAUAUGAAUUAAUUAUGUUUGAUUUACCAAUUUUGAUAGCUGAAAAGGUUCAUACUUUAUUUAAAAAGAAAAUUAUAAUUAAGUAGUCAGGUUUGAAUUACUUUGCUGGAAAAUUAAAAUGGGAUAAAUAUGGUUAGAACUUCAUAUUUAUGGAUAAUAAAUUAAGUCCCAAGAAAUGCUCUUCCAUUAGUAUGCAUAGAUUAUGCACUGGAGGAGCUAAUUACUAAAAAACUGGAAAGUAAAAGCCUCAUAAAAUUAGAGUGUACUUACCAGAGAUAGAUUAAAAAAAGUGCAAAUACUUUGAUAAAAAACCGAAAUUUUUUUAGGAAUUUUAGAACAGAGAACCAGAAUAUAGUAAUGAAGCAAAAUCUUUUGUUUUGCCAUUCUACAAUAGAGCCUUGAUAGCUUCUUCUAAAAAUUUAUAGUUGUGUCAACAAGAUAAAAAUUAAGUUUUCUUUCUUUUGGGAAAGAUUGAAAAAGGAUUAUACAAUCUCGAUUUCUAAUGGCCAAUAUUUCCUUUGUAGGCCUUUUAAAUAGCAAUGUCAUGUUUUGUAACUAGGGCCUCGGAUUGA